AUGAUGAUGUUACAGCAUCUACCGCCGUCUCAUACGUUCGUCGGCAGUUCGGCCGGUUCGACGACGAGCGCCACAGCAUCUCCAUCACCUCCGGCCCCAUCAGACACACCGACACCUCCACCGCCUCCUGCCUCCAACGCAUCCAAUGUGUCCUCACCGUCCUCACCUGUUAUCGAUGCGGAACAACCCGAGAGCAGGGACGCUCCGGAACAGUCGCGAAUUAUCAUACGCCAUCAUCAACCGCGACCAGUAACUCCCCGUUCCAAAACACCACCUGCACUGGAGCACACCAGCAGCAUGUCGGAGGAUCAUCGGGAAGAAGUUGUCGAAAAGGUAGCCGCAUCACACUCACCAAGACCAGCGAGAACUUGUCUCGACUACUCACAGGCCCAUGAGUCUCGAAACCGAUCCCGUUCAAGAUCCAGGUCUAGGUCCGCCUCUCCCAGAUCUGCUGCCGGUUCUCCGGCACCGCGACCGGAAAAUUAUAAGUCGGUGGAACGGCCCAAAACACCACCACCCGCACAGACAGUGCAGCCGGUGGAGCGUGUCAAUGUUAUCCGCUACAUCAAGGAAGAACGUCCCAGUUCCAUCAUACGGCGCAGCUCCGUAGCCGAAGAGAUGGACACCGACCGGCGUCAGUCACAUCUCACAGGCUCACAGUCGACCGAGGAGACCCGACCGGAGUUACAUCGCCGUCGGCACUACAGCGCUGAAACGGGUAACGAAGCGGACGACGAUGAAGAGGACGAACCACGUGCUGGUGACUACUACGCAGCCGCCACUAGACGCUCCAGCCCGUAUCGACCCUAUGCGCUGCAUCGAACGAUUUCCGAGCAACCCGCCGCCACACCGUACGCUCAUCAACGACUCUACCACAAGUCUGUCAGCGGCCAUGUUCGAUCGGGUCGCGAUUCUAGCAGCCCGCGGCGCAUGAUCACCGAUCAGGAUGAUUCCGAUUACAGCGAACGUAGCCACGGCAGUGCGGUGGUUCGCUCUGGUGAGGCUCCGCACGGCACGGAAGUAAUCCGGACCGAACCCGAAGAGACGGAACGAUCCGAACGAUUACGGUUGGCCCGACCCGAUCGGUACACCAUCCUGCCCAGGACGGAGAGGUACGAGGAGGAAGCGGAAGGGGACGCCGAGGAAGAGGAAGAUGACGAGGAAGACGAAGAGCUGGAGGAGGAAGAUCUGGACGCUCCACUGGAUCUGUCGAUGAAGAUCAAGCGUCGUCCGAGAAGUGGCUCCGUCACGGAAGAUUCGGACGAUUCGGCAGCCGAACAUCAUAGCCGUGGUCCCGAGAGUGCCGCGUACAAGAAGAGUCUAAUGAAGCGAUACCUGGACACCGAGAUACCGAUCCUGCCGCAGUCGCCGAGUCCUCCACCGCAGCAACGGUCGUCCCUGGCCGGUGGACAGUCGCAGCAAACGGCCAGCCUGCUGGCCAGCACGUUACAGCCGUCCCAGCAGCACAGGCCCCUGCUUCACGGGCUCCUGAGCGGUACGCACAUACCGCAGGGACCGUACCAUCGUGGCUACAGCACGUCCAGCACAGGCUCACUACCUCCGAGUCCCGCCGACAGCGGAGUGUCCGAUGUGGACAGCUCCAGCAGCGGAGGCCAGCCGGCCUGCAGUGACGAGCUUAAGGCUCGUCUUGGCAUUCCGACCAGCAGUACCGGGCCGGUCAGCAAUCCCGGCCAACCGUCACAUCCGCAUCAGCAGCAGCAACAGCAACACCAGCAGCAGCAGGCGUCCCAGCAACAGCAACAUCACCAGCAACAUCACCAACAACCACCGCCCCAACAUCAGCAUCCCCAGGGCCAACCGCUCUCGGUGCAUCCGAAUGGGGGGACCGGUUCACCGAACGGGGGCACCACAUCCCUAUCGUCCUCGUCCGCUCUCUCGCAGGUGGCGGCAGCUGCCGUUGCUGCGGCCGCAACCCAACAGCACCUACAGCAGCAGGCCGCCCAUCUACAGUCGGGACCGUUUCUGCGGCCAAACUUCUACCAUCACAACUCGCCGCCACUUCGCAACAUUUGGAACCAGCGGAGUGUACCACUGUCCGACAACUAUCACUACCUGCAUUCGAUGAACUCACCCAAUGGCUACCCAUCUGCAGCGGCCGCAGCUGCAGCAGCAGCCGCAAACCACUUCGUUUCCGGUGCUGCUACCAACGGAACGGCCAGCAAUGGUCCUCCGGCUGGGGCGUUAGGUCGCGGUGCGGGUGCAGGCACUGCUGGACAGCUACCGGGCAAUGGAGCGAUGGGUCAGCAUGGUCAUCUUGCCUCCCAUCAUGCUAGCAACGCUGCUCACCACCAUGGACAUCUUGGUCAGCAGCAUCUCGGACAUCACCCACACGCCGGAACCGGACAUGUCGGUAGUGGCGCGAACUCAGCCGCCGCCGCUGCUGCUGCACUGAUGGCGAACGGUAUCGUCAACGGUCUGGGACAUCAUGGUCAGCACGGACCGCACAACGUGUCCUCCAGCUGUAACGACGAUCUGUCCUACAUGCUAGAGCUGGGAUUCCAACCCCGGAAGCUGAAGAAGCCGAAAAAACCGAAGCUAGAGAUGGGCGUAAAGCGAAAGUCCCGCGAAGGUUCCACCACCUACCUGUGGGAGUUCUUGCUGAAGCUGCUACAGGACCGUGAGUACUGCCCGCGGUUCAUCAAGUGGACCAACCGGGACAAGGGUGUGUUCAAGCUGGUCGACUCGAAGGCGGUCUCGAAGCUGUGGGGCAUGCACAAGAACAAGCCGGACAUGAACUACGAAACGAUGGGGCGAGCGUUGCGGUAUUACUACCAGCGGGGCAUACUGGCGAAGGUGGACGGACAGCGGCUGGUCUAUCAGUUCGUGGACGUACCGAAGGAUAUCGUCGAGAUCGACUGUACCGGUGCCUGA